UAGCUAGAGGGAGGGGACGGUUGAGAUUAUUCUUAAAGGAGACUUGCAUUGUUUUACAAAUGAUGGUUGUUAAUCAUACACAGGUAUAAACUCUGAACACUGAACCUUUGAUAUUUGAAGUGAACACAUCUUUUCCGCUGCCAGUUUUGCCUCUCGGUCAGGUGGAGUACAACACCAUGACCGCUAUUCAGAUAAAGGUCUCAGUAGGAGCACCCCGACAGAGGUGUAUCUGGGGUGGGGGCGGGCCUGGUCCUGUGUCGCUCUAUGGUCUCCCUGGCUGUGGUGGGAGCCAUCUUUGGCCUGGAGUUGCUGGUCAUAUCGCAAGUGAUUGAGGACCGGGACUCGGGCCGGCGGUGUGGCCUGGGGUCAGCUCUGGUGCUUGUGGCGGCGGCGCUGUCGGCAGGGGGAGUGGUGGUGUUGGUGUCUCUGCUCCGGCAGCAGGCCUCUCCUUUGGGCAUCACCCUUACCUUCUGGUGCCAGUUUACCGCAGUCUUCCUGCUCUUCCUCAACGGCAUGGCAGCGCCACAUCCAUCACAUGGCCCUGCAGGCACCACCUAGAGGCCACCUAGGGAAAUGCUAGAGGUGAAAGAGCACAAGGAGUCCAGCAGUGUCCAGUUACAGCAGUAGGGCAGAAGGCAUUUUCAUGUUCCAAACACGCAGACGUCACAGGAACAGUGAUUUCCUGCUGGGAUUAGGUUUAGGGUUACGCCCAGGGUUGAGGACUGUGGAGUAUAGUGGACAUCAGGACAUCUCUUCAUCCAUGGGUGUUACAGUGCCUGAGAUGUAACAGGGUCUUUUGGAAUGGAUCGGCUGUGUGUAUGAUUCCUCAAGGCCUUGUGCAUGUGCAGCUUGUUAAUAGCACAUACUGGGAACAGUAAACAACGACUGCUGCCUGUCUAUAUGCAGUCAAAUCAUCUUCAUUGUUUUGUGGAAAUACAGCUCUGGAUUGUGUAGAAUAUAUUUUUUUUUACAACAUAUGUUAUUCUUAGUUACACUGAGCGUAGUAACUAAUGUGUAACUUCCUUUUAACCCCUUGGCCUCAUAGCUACAUGAUGUACAGUGGGGCAAAAAAGUAUUUAGUCAGCCACCAAUUGUGUAAGUUCUCCCACUUAAAAAGAAGAGAGGCCUGUAAUUUUCCUCAUAGGUACACUUCAACUAUGACAGACAAAAUGAGAGAAAAAAAAUCCAGAAAAUCACAUUGUAGGAUUUUUUACUGAAUUUAUUUGCAAAUUAUGGUGGAAAAUAAGUAUUUGAUCAAUAACAAAAGUUUAUCUCAAUACUUUGUUAUAUACUCUUUGUUGGCAAUGACAGAGAUCAAACGUUUUCUGUAAGUCUUCACAAGGUUUUCACACACUGUUGCUGGUAUUUUGGCCCAUUCCUCCAUGCAGAUCUCCUCUAGAGCAUUGAUGUUUUGGGGCUGUUCCCUCCAAAGAUUUUCUAUGGGGUUGAGAUCUGGAGACUGGCUAGGCCACUCCAGGACCUUGAAAUGUUUCUUACGAAGCCACUCCUUCGUUGCCCGGGCGGUGUGUUUGGGAUCAUUGUCAUGCUGAAAGACCCAGCCACGUUUCAUCUUCAAUGCCCUUGCUGAUGGAAGGAGGUUUUCACUCAAAAUCUCACGAUACAUGGCCCCAUUCAUUCUUUCCUUUACACGGAUCAGUCGUCCUGGUCCCUUUGCAGAAAAACAGCCCCAAAGCAUGAUUUUUCCACCCCCAUGCUAUACAGUAGGUAUGGUGUUCUUUGGAUGCAACUCAGCAUUCUUUGUCCUCCAAACAACGACGAGUUGAGUUUUUACCACGGGGUGAGAUCUUGCGUGGAGCCCCAGAUCGAGGGAGAUUAUCAGUGGUCUUGUAUGUCUUCCAUUUCCUAAUAAUUGCUCCCACAGUUGAUUUCUUCAAACCAAGCUGCUUACCUAUUGCAGAUUCAGUCUUCCCAGCCUGGUACAGGUCUACAAUUUUGUUUCUGGUGUCCUUUGACAGCUCUUUGGUCUUGGCCAUAGUGGAGUUUGGAGUGUGACUGUUUGAGGUUGUGGACAGGUGUCUUUUAUACUGAUAACAAGUUCAAACAGGUGCCAUUAAUACAGGUAACGAGUGGAGGACAGAGGAGCCUCUUAAAGAAGAAGUUACAGGUCUGUGAGAGCCAGAAAUCUUGUUUGUUUGUAGGUGACCAAAUACUUAUUUUCCACCAUAAUUUGCAAAUAAAUUAAUUAAAAAUCCUACAAUGUGAUUUUCUGGAAUUUUUUCUUUCUAAUUGUGUCUGUCAUAGUUGAAGUGUACCUAUGAUGAAAAUUACAGGCCUCUCUCAUCUUUUUAAGUGGGAGAACUUGCACAAUUGGUGGCUGACUAAAUACUUUUUUGCCCCACUGUAUGCCAGUGGUAACAGAUUAAACAGCCCAGUAAGAGAUAGGAAGGAUAAUGACUUUUAAAAUACAUUUAUGACAUUUAUUGUGAGAGUUGAUCUUCUCAUUGCCAUCAAGUCGUACCAUCAUUAAUCCUGUGUGAAGCACAUGUAAUAUAACUAACAUAGCAUGGUUAAAUUGAUUCUAGGAACUGUCACCAACACAUUCACACAAAUUCCUUUAAACUUUACAACAGCUCUUGUUUUCAUGGUUAAACAUACACAUAUCAUAUGUAACACUUGGAAUAUACAUGUUAGAAAGCCAAUAAAUAAAAUUAAGCAUGUCCACAUGGUC